CUAAUGAUAUUUUAUAUUGAUUUAAUUAUGCCGGUGCUUCAGAUGGAAAGAGCCCGCCGUGCGUAAUUGACUCGCAGAUGAUUUUGCAGUUUAGACUGAUUACGUUUCACACAGAUGAGCUGCGUCCCGGCUACACAGACCCAGACCCAGAAAGAAUGACAUGUUUCUUGCAGGGCACUCGACAUUGAUUCAUGCUUUAUAGAGAUUGGGAGUAAAAAAAAAAAAAAAAAAAAAAAAAUGCAAUGCUAGAGAUUUGCAGGCCUGAUUUAAAUUAUUAAGGAGUCCAGAUUCCCAUUGCCAGACAAAUAAAUACAUUUAUUGAUUACACCACUCACUAGAUUAUUUUUUAAAAAAAACUAAACUAAAUAUUAUGUCAUAUAUGUCAUAGCAGAGAAUUGCUUGUGACCAUAAGAUUUAACUUUAAAUGGCUUAAAUACAUAAUAUUUAGGGACACCUGUUGACACCCGUCCACAUUUUAAACAAGUGAAAAUUCACAAAAUAAAUUUAAUUUUACUGAAUUAGAGAAGAAUUACUAAUUGUCUCUCCACCUCCAUCUUAUCCUGUAAAGAAAAACUCCACUGAGCUGUAAACAUUUCACUGGAUUUAGUUCAUCUCACAAGAUGGAAAUUAAUUUCAGACACACACAGAAUAAAAUACACUGAUACAAACGCCUCCAAGGUUUUCCCUGAAGCAUCUGAACGCGUCAGUCACUGAAUGCCCUUUCUUUUCCACUCUGACUCGUGAAGGGCCCCCGGUUUAAUGAACAUAAUCUGGUGGAAGCGCGCAGCCAUCCGCUUCUCACUUUGCCUUGGCAAAUGCAGCUCAGCUAUAGCCUCUUUCUCCGCCCCCAUCUUUAACACGGCUAUGAGACCUCUAAUUAUGCAAGGAUUCAAGUAGCUUUUCACAAAACACAGUGUUGUCCUCCAGAGCUGGAGAGUGCUCCAUGAGCUAAAAGGACAGGCUGCUUAUUUGUAGGUUGAGCAAAUUCAAUUUGUUUGAUUAGUUCUCUGCGUCUGCUUCAGGUUUGGUUUAAAUGCUGAAUCUUAAAUGCUUUCCGCUAUGUGGUUUUUGCAGGGACUCACAGCAUCUAGUGUCUAUCCAAUUGGUGUAACUAUUGAGGUCUUUAUCUUUUUAUUAUUAUUAUUUCUGGCACAGUUAAAGGCUUAAAUUCAUGUCCACAUGUUCUUUGUAAGGAUUUUAUUUUUUUUAUUUUUUUUAAAAGAUAUUUUAUACCAAUUAUCACCUAAUCUGGGCACACUGGUUUACGUUUAGGCCUGUGUCUACAUACUAAUAUAAUCUGAUUCAUACAACCUCUAGUGCUGUGACAGAAAUAGGGCUGUUGUCAUCCUCGUGCAUUAGAUCACCUGCUGCUCUGGUGGGUUUGCAGGUUUUGUAUAAAGCUGACGUGAAAAGACUUUAUCACGAUGGCAAGCAUUCAAUUUGAUGUUGGCCUGCUGUAGCGCUUCCUGACUAAUAAAAUUACGCAGAAGUCAAUGAGCUCCGGUCCAGGUGAAAUGCACAGCGCGGAUGAAAGAGAAUCUAUCUGAACCCUGUAAGCUUCGACGAAACCUGAGGGAAAAAACAUUCAAUCAAUAAAUGCUACAUUGUUUUCUAUGGAAUAUUAAUAUUUUUAGUUGCGGUUGUUGUUGUUUUUAGUUCAUAUGGCUCACAUCUGUGCGUAAAAUGCAUGCGUAAUUUGCGUAAUCACCCCAAUUUCAUUAUGCCCGUGUUUAUGUGUGAUAAUCUGUGGACCAUUUAUUCAAUUUACUGACAGGUGAUUGUGGCUCGUGCACGCCUCCCCCAAAACCCGGAGACAUUUUCCUCUUUAAUCUAAUUGGAUGAUAAGUGGGUGCGCACUGCACGAGCCCGGAGCCAAAACGCCUGCGCGGCCUUUUUCUUUGGAGUCUAUUCUCGCCACAGCCCCCUCGCGGUUUCAUCUCAAAUCCUAUUUGCUAUUGUACCUGCCCAAUAGCAGGGACCGAGCGCGUUUUAACUCGGAUGGCAUUUUUAUUUCAUCAUUACAAUCCGGCGCAAGUUGGACGCGGUGAUCUCUGCGCUCUCGUGCCGAUCACCCCUCUGGAGGAGCUGGACGCAGCGUUGAGCGUCUUUUUGUGUUUCUUCUUCUCUCUGACUCGCGUUAUUUUGACACCAAAACCAGAAGAUCCUUUUGAGGUGUUUUUACUUUGAUACACAUAGUUUUUGAUGGUGAUCCAUAUCGGACAGUAAGCGGUGAUGGCAGACUCUGACACGCAAGAGACGCGCCAGCCGGCAAAGGAUUCACCUUUUUCCAUAAAGAACCUGCUGAACAUUGAAGACAAACCAGCGAAGCCGAAAAGCAUCCUCGGCUCGUCUAAAGGAGUUUUUGAAGGUAGCUUCUUUUCACGGCUCGGUGAAUUGGCUCUCCCUCGGGUUGAGUUGCCCACACAGAGAAUUGGAUUAUCUGCGCAGUAUCUUGAAAGAGCAUCUACCUGGUGGUAUCCAUAUACGCUUGGGACGCAUUUCAGGACUGGAGGAUCUGAAAAGAUCAGCCUGAGGGAAGCAUCACCGGCACCGCGCUCCCCGGAUCUCCAAAAAAGUGAGCACGAUGCCAAAGAGGAAAGCGCAGACGAAGACAUCGCGCUGGACGAAAGCGACGCGGAAGAGCCAAAGAAAGAAACGGACCAGGAUGACGACUGGAGGAGAAAAACCGACGAGCUGGACUCCGAUAAGAAGCCCUGCCGGAAGAAAAAGACGCGCACGGUGUUUUCCAGGAGCCAGGUCUUCCAGCUGGAGUCCACUUUCGACAUCAAGCGCUACCUGAGCAGCUCGGAGAGGGCAGGCCUGGCCGCGUCCCUGCACCUGACCGAGACGCAGGUGAAGAUCUGGUUUCAGAACAGGCGGAAUAAGUGGAAGAGGCAGCUGGCCGCGGAGCUGGAGGCGGCCAACCUGAGCCAUGCGGCGGCGCAGAGGAUUGUGCGGGUUCCCAUUCUUUACCACGAGAACGGAGCUCCAGAAACGAGCGGGGGCCCCGCUACAAACUCACCGGGAAGCCAGUCACUGCUCACUUUUCCCCACCACAUGUACUAUUCCCACCCAGUCCCACUGCUGAGGCCUGUUUAACACUGACUGUGUCAUAAUAUACACUGUACAUAUGUUUUUAAACCAGAGUGAUUGACUGAGAAAAUAAAAUACAAUUUUGUAUAUUUUGUAGAUUAAAGGGACACUACUAUUAUUAUUAUUAUUAUUAUUAUUAUUAUUAUUAUUAUUAUUAUUAUUAUAUGUAACCAUCCUUUAUUGCUGAAUUUCCCUUGAGCAGAGUCCCUUUUGCUCAGUUGCUCACAUGGGAGGAACGAUUAUUGCAUUGAUAUUAUUAUUAUAAGUAUGAUACUGGUGAAUCAUAUAUUUUAAUGUAUUAUUUUCAGAAAAAUAGGCGUUUUGAACAGGGUUGUCGUCUAUAUGUAUUUUACGAAUAUUUGUGUCAGUGUUUGUAGCUUAAAAUGUGAAACUGAAUAUUUUGAUAUUUUCCAAUAUCGUGCAAUACCGCUGGCUUCACAUCAGGCUGCCAGGAUUUGUCACCUAUAGCUAUAAAGAAUUAUCUUUGUUAUAGUGAGGACAAUCACGUGGUCCCUAAAAAAAAAAAAAAAUAUCCGGAAAACUACAGGUGAUGCUGGCAAUUUUAUUUUAUGAUGCAGUACUUGGUUGACAGUCAUUUUAAAGCCAUGAAAGAGCCAAAAUUUUUAGCUUCUGUUUUUGUGUUCGGUUUUCUUCUGUUGUUGUAAAUGAAAUUCUGUAUAUUAUAUGGUCUUACGCUCAGUAAAGGUUCGUUCCAAAAA